GCUGCACUCUGUUAUCGCCGGCGAACAAGGAGGAAAUGUGGAAACAUGCACGCGUGCAGACCCGGAAGAACGCGCAUGCGCACAGGAGUCGGUCUCGACAACAGGGGGUGCGACGCCAUUAAGCGCGGAGGGCCGAUUCGCCACGCUCUCGCGUGUCCCGCAAUAUUUUGUGGCCGAGUGUAUACGUGACAACGGAGCAAGCCCAAUGUAUAUGCACCUGCGGCUGCGGAAUCCGUGGCAGAUAUAUGGAACGGCUGUCAGCGACGAUGACGAAGCACUUGUUCCCCGCCGCGUUGCGGAGGUCAAGGUGCGACAAGUGUUCGUCAUUGAAAGCGAUAAUUCGUGCAGAGCUGAUUCUAUCUCUCGUUGACGCUACUCUAGCCAAAGUAUGAGACCACUCAGUAGCGAUAAGCUCGGUAUAAAAAGCCACCGCGCUGUUUGGUGAGCGUAGGAUUCGAGCCUGAAGACAACGCCAUGCCAGAUCACGGACAGGGACGAGUGCACCGUUUUCGCGACCACGUCGUCGCCGGCGUCAACUGGCGACCGACGCGGUUCGUCGACGAGCUUCCCAGUUCACGUGUGUGCGGCCUCUGCCGCAUGAUCCCAAAACGAAUGGUGCUGUUGCCGUGCGGUCACGCUCUUUGCCAAUCUUGCCACGCAGCCAGUCUCGAAGAGGGCGUUGGCCAGUGUCCAUUGGAUCGAGAGCCAUUCGAAGAAGCGGAGUGCGUCGGUUAUGAAUUCCCUGCCAGGAAAGCGAACACCGUGCAGGUGUACUGCUGGAACGAAGCGCACGGCUGCGAGUACACGGGCACCAUGGACUGCAUGCUGGAGCACUACGAGAACGAAUGCACAUUUCACGCCGUGGACUGUUUGCGAUGCGGCGAGGGAGUCCAGCACAAAGACCUGCGGACGCACUACGUGGAUGGAUGCAGUGGCGGUGUUUCUUCCGCGAUCACAGAGUCCUCGGAGCAUACAGCAGUGACCCUUGCAGACGUGAACGCUGCCCUUGAAGAUGUGAAGGCGAUGUUGGGAUGUCUCAACCACGACCAGCUGCUGCCAGUGAUUCAGAGUCAAUUGAAUGAGCUUACGGAACAAGUCAGAACCCAGGAAGCCAGGUUAACUCGCGAGCUCGGAGCAUGCGAGCACAACUUAAAGGGCGAGAUGGCUCAAAUCGCCGCCACGAUUUCAUCGAACGAGUCGCACCAGCGGACCUCUCGGGAAAAUCCGGAGGAUGAAGCUUGCGCUUCCUCGCAGCUGUCGUUGCGCUCGGAAAAGGCGCUCAUACUGCGAAAGUUGGAGCACUUGGCCCACCUGGAACACUCGCAGAAAACUUCCCCGAAGCCUAAUUUCGGCCGUGUAAUUGCUCAUUGUAGCAUUUUCCGCGGUGGCGCUGGGCAUCUAUGCAGUGCGCUGCCAACGACACUCGCGUUGAUUGAAGAUAUUGGGAACGUGAUGUAUGACCUGACCCUGGAAAACUGCGAGGAAAUCAUUCAGUAUCGGGGAUUCAGAAGAAAGUUUGCCGAGAUUACGGUGUGGCACAUGAGGGACACGUACUUUAGGGUGGCCGUUUGGAAGCACUGCGAAUGCUCUCCGAACGACCUCACUGUUCAGAUCGAGUUUAACGGGAUACUGGCGGACUCUAAGUGUUUGCCGCCUAUUUGGCACGUGAGCGUGCUGGAUGGCGUAAGAGACAAAGUAGAUUUGACUUCCAGUGCGAGGCUUUGUUUCUGCGGGCGCUACGAUGACUCAUUGGCACACUUUCACCUUCAAUUUCGCACAGACACUGCCUUGCUUAAGUAUGGCGGUGACCUCCGAAAUGGAAAGAUAAAAUUCUAUAUCGUCCUCAACUAUACGGCAACGGACCACGGGAUCAUAGGAGCACCCUAACGUUCGUCAUCGCAGAAUGAGUACUGCACUGUUGAAUCUUCCUUGCCACUUGCAGUGUGUGUGUGUGUGUGUGUGUGUUUGUGCGUGACUACCUUAGCGAACUUUUGAUAUCCUUUCUCCUAAACAAAGUUAUCGCUGCGAAACUUAUUUUUUGAGAUUUGCUAUCCUUUGUAAAUGUCAACCUAUUGGUUUAAGACUCUAUAUACUGGCUGUUCAUUCAGUAUAUUUAUUGUGAUAAUACAGUUUGUGUUAUUAAAUAUUAGUGCUUCUGGA